AUUUAUUCCGAAAUUUCGGUGGAUGGAAAAGAUGAAAUUUGUUUUGUUAGGGCUUCCUGUCCUACUAACACUUCGUACUGUGUACGCUGACAAGCAAUUCAUAAUCCCACCAUUUCUACUGGGCGCACCGGAAUCAGAAGUGAUAGAGAUGAAAGAACUGCUUCGAAAAAACGCCGACAAACCGGAUUUUCAGAUGGAAGCAGUAGUGGAGCAAUGGGUGAAAGCAAAAGGCGGUGUGAUUAAGGAAAAAUAUGAUCAAUUUAAAGCCAACAUGCAGUUAAUGCAUGAGAAGGCAACUUUAUUGAGAGAAGCAAUGGCUAAAAAUUUGUCGGCAGAAGCCAGAAAAGCAGAUGAGGAUUUGGCCAACAUUGGCAACGAUCGAACAUUGUCUGCACAACAGAAAAAAGAAAAAUUUGAAAAAUAUUUAGCAAAUUUACCCUUAGCAGUGAGAAACGAAUUGCAAGCAGUAUUUUACACCAAAUUUUAAAGAUGAGCACAAUUUGAUGCGCUGAUACAUUACAAUGUAAGCUAUCAGCAAAAAGAUAAUAAACCAGUUUUUGCGCACAUUCAACUUGUAUCACAUGUUAAACAAUGCAAUAAAAACCGAAAUAUGCAAUGAUAUGAUUA